GAAUAAAAAAACAAAAUAUCCGUCAAGUUUCAGGUCUCGAUCUCAAUUUUAACCCGUGCCAGACUGCGACGUAAGUUCCUCAUUUAGAUAACAUGGCGUUUUUGGCAUUGAAGAUUAAUUUUUCUUUAUCCCUUAGUCGAAAGUACACCCUUCCCUUCCCAAUUUUAAGGCCUAAAGUCUUACUUCCCUCCCCCGGUGGAACUUCACGCGCCGCACUUAUUUCACCGAGAGCAAAAAAUUUUUUCGUGCCUACGGAAACAGCCAGCUGCUGCCAUCUAUUGAACGUCUACCACUUUAUCAAUAAAAUUUUUCACGAUGAAGUCAUAGAUCGUUGCUUUAUUUAUAUAUACGUCAGUAUUUUUGUGUCUCGUUGUUGUGAUAUUUUAAUUAAACAGUAUACUUGCAAUAAUAAGAUGACUGGAAAAGUAUCAUCGGAUGACUCUAUAGACGAGGAUGAGGUGAUUAAAGAUUUUUAUGCAGAGGCGAAGUUAAUUAUUGAAACAGCAAUUUUGCCAAAAAAAUCAGCUACCAGAUACCAAAUAGUCUACGAAGGCUAUAAAAAAAGUAGCUAACUGAACAUCGAAAUUCUCUAUCGGACUUGGAAAAAAGUAACUUGGUCGUGUAUUUCACAGAGUUAAGUAAAAAAUUAAAACCACCAACAUUGUGGAGCAUCUGGUGUAUGUUGAAAAAAACACUUAACGUAAAAGACAACGUUGAUAUUAGCAAAUUUUACAAUUUGAAGUGUCUAAUUAAAAACUACUCUAAAGGUUACAAACCUAAAAAAAUCAUUAGUGUUCAAGUGGAACGGCAUCAUGAAUUUUAUGAACAAUGCACCGGAUUUCGUGUAUUUAGUUGCAAAGGUUAUACUCGUAUUUGGUAUCUGUGGGGGACUAAAAUGUGAUGAACUUACUGAAUUGAAGGUGCAGGAUGUAGAAGAUCUUAACAAUAGAUUUCUUGUGUCCAUCGUCGAAACAAAAAAUGAUAAACCACGCCAAUUUAUCGUCGGAGAGCUUUUUUACGGAAAAAUAAAAGAAUAUAUUUUAUUAAGACCGAGUGAAUCAUUUACAGACAGAUUUUUCAUACAAUACCACAAUGGGAAGUGUCAGCGGCAAAAUAUUGGUAAAAAUAAAAUUGAUGAAACACCUCAGGUCAUUACUUCGUAUUUAAAUUUAUCAAACCCAAAGCUGUACACUGAACACUGUUUCCGCAGAACCGGAACGACACUUCUAUCGGACUCAGGUGCGAACAUCACCAUGCUAAAGCGACUAGGAGGAUGGAAAUCUACGAGUAUAGCACAAGGUUAUGUGGAAAAUUCUCUGAAGAAUAGAGAGAAAAUUUUCGACAGCAUAAUCCAUGCAGCUAAACCUAGUGAUCAGUUAAAUCCUCAACCAUCGACCAGUGGAAGCGACUCAACUGCAAUAAUUAAUAAAAAUAUGAAUAAAAAGUCUCAGCACGAAGAAGCUGAGUUUGAUUGCUUUGAUGAUUUUGAUAUAAAUGAUCAAGAUUUAGCAGUGAUUGACGAAUUAUCUGAAUCACAAAUACCUGAAUCACCGACACCAUUUUUUACAAGUGCAAAGAGCAAAAAAAUACUUACUUGUAAUAACCAAUCACAAUCAACGACGCAUUUUAGUUUCAAAUCAUCUGUUAUUAUAUCUUCUACGGCAUCAGAAAAUAUACCACCGUCAAAAACAUUCAAAUCUGACGCUAAAACUCAUGCAUACAAUCAAUCAUCGGAUUUUUCACCAGUAAAGACGACAGCUGAUCAGACUACUUGCAAUAUGAAAAUUGCAUUUUUUAUGGCGACAUUGUUAAUAAUUUUUAUUAUUCGGGUAUUAAUUUGAAAAGUAUUGAUGAAAACAAUAAUAAAAAUCGGUCUGUCAGUUGACCCUGCGGGCCAGCCCCAAAACUUCCCGCUUUUUCCGAGCUCAAGAACCUCGAAAACAUUAUUGUGAAGACAUUUUCGAGCUCUUCGAGCUCGAAAAUACGUUUGUAUGCUGUUGUUUUCGAAAAAAAACGUUUUUCUCCAACGAUAUCUCUCAAACGAAUAAACCGAUGGAGACGGUUGAGGUGGCAAUCGACGCGUUUUAUCAAGUUCUAAAGCUGAUCAAAUUUUGCAUUCGAUUUAUCAAGUCGUUUUUGAGACAUUUCAGAAAAAAUAAAAAACCUUUUUUUUUUAAUUCUUUUGACAACGGUUUCUCUUGAGCGAAUGAACUGAUUUUGAUGCUUGAGGUGGCAUUUGACGCGGCUUAUAAAUCUCUAAAGCCCAGUUCAUUUUGAAAUUAAUCCAUCGAGCACAUUAAAAGUUAUCCAAAAAAAACAUUUUUGAAAAAAAUUUAUUUUUGGAAUAUCUCUGAACGAGCCCUACCGAUCAAGCUCAAUUUUCUCACGGCUUUAAGAUAUUGACAAUCCGCGUCGAAUGACACCUUAAAGUUCAAAAUCGGUUCAUCCGUUCAAAAGAUACAGGUAUUUACAUACGUACGUACGUACGUACAUACAUGCAUACAUACUCUCUUAAAAUGAACCAGUGAAAUUCCACUGAUUCAACCAGUGAAGUUCACUGGUUUAACCAGUGACUAAAAGUUCACUGGUUGAACCAGUGAAUUUCACUGGUUGAAUCAGUGAACGACGCGCUCACUGGUUUCAACCAGUGAACUAAAAAUAUGUAAGCGCGCGGGUACAGCAGCAUUCUGUACAUGAGUAUAUUUAAGUGUUUUAUUAUGUCAAUAAAUAAGUAAUAUUUAUUGAUUAUCUUCAUGUAAUAUUUUAACUAACUUUUAUAUAACAAUAAUAAUUAUAUGACACAAUUUUUACAGAGUUUAAACAUAAAUAACUUUAGAGUAAUUUUAAUAGCUUGGAGCUAACCUCAAAAAUGAAUGACAUAAUUUUAAAAUUGAACAAUAUAAAAAGCCCAUUGAAAAUGAAAACAAAUUAAAUAUUUAUAAAUCUUAAUAAAUAUUAUUUAUUUUAUUACUAAAUAAUUUUUAAUUACAUAUAAUUGUUAUUAAGACUCUUUUUGUUCACUUUGUUUUUAAAUAAACGUUUAUAAUAAAAUAAAAUUAAUCUAACCUAUUGUGUUUAUAUUUAUGUAGUACACCGGCGUAUCACUGGUUUAACCAGUGAGCCAAACGAUCAUCUUAUUCCACUGGUUGAACCAGAGAAUUUCACUGGUUAAAUCAGUGAACGCUCGGUUCACUGGUUGAACCAGUGGAUUUCACUGGAAAAUCAGUGAAAUUUCACUGGUUCAUUUUAAGAAAGUACAUACACUCGGACAUCAUCUUGAAAUUAGUCAGAAUCACUUCCUAGGACCUCAAAACGUCGACAUCUGAUAAAUAUUCGAUUUUCGUAAAUCGGGCCGAAACCAAUAACUUCCCGAAUUUUUGAAAAUUUACAAUUUUUUUAGCAGGAAGUUAAAAAAUAAAUGUUUUAUGCCAAAAUUAUAAUAAUAGUAAGCAAUAAAUGUUUUAUGCCAAAUAAUUUAUUUGUUUAUGUAUUUAUUUUUAUAUUUUUUAUUGGCAGGAAAAAAAAUCUAGUUCAU